AGAGCUGCAGGAGGGGGCAGCGAGCGCUGGUCGUGCCGGGACGAGGGCAGGGGGGAAAAGGGGCUGUCCGGGAUCCGUGUCCGGGAUAUCACUGGCAGGGACGCGGGGCGACAGGGGAGGCUGCUCUGCAGGAUUCCAUUUCCCCGCAAAAGUCCUCCUGUCAGCAUUAGGGCUGGAGAAGACAAGUGCAGAGAAAGUUGACCUGGUUGCCUUUGGACGCUACAGCGCACAUUGUGCGGCGAAAUCAAUUAGAGUUGAUGACAUCUCGACGGGACGCUGCAAUUUACUGUCAGGAGACACGGGGAUUUUCAGCUGUACCUUGCGAGGGCUAUGAGGAAUUGAUGUCCGUCAGACAAUGCAUUUGGCUGGAACAGUGCACGCUACUGUCUUUGAUUCUAGCGCAACUAUCUGAGAACAAAACACAGCCUGAAGUAUCCGGCACGUGUCAUGUCUCUUUUAUUUCUAAGCGUCUGCGAAUAGAGGUUUUGUGAAAAAAAGGGGGCAAAACACUGAAAAUAUAUAUCUUUUCCUGUUAUGGAAUUUGAACGUAAACGAUGCAGGACUAAACCGUUACAUUGAGGAUUACAUUAUUGUAUAAUGAAUUCAGGCAACCCAAAAACCACCAACUGUCCUAGCCUGAGCUAUUUUUUUCGCCGGGGUUUUUGACAAUGCAAAGCAAAUCCGAACUUUCUGUUAAAUUCUAAGAGCGGGUAUAAUGUAAUUUAUUUUUGAGAAUGUAAUCUGCGAUGCAAUGACUUAUACAAUAUGUAAGAGGUUUUGAUAUAUUUUAUAUUAUUUUCACAGCUAUGUAUAUGUAUGCAGGUUUAUUUAAGCGAUAUUGCUUUAACCCUUGCAACGCUAAGUCUAUUAAUCUUAGCCUGAAGGCAUGAGAUGUCAUCAGUCUAAUUAUUACAUAAUGAAGACGUGGAUCAAAGUAUUGAUUCCGCUCUCUUUCACAAGCAGAAACAUGCAAACGUAGCUCAAAUCGCUUUCACAUCCUCUCCCCCCGUCUUUUAAGGAAACUAUAUCGAAAGUAAGAAAACAAAACGGGCAGCCCGUAUAAGGGUGCUGAAACUUCAAUCUCUUGGCGGAAAGAUCGUUUAUCAAACGACUACAGAUUGCAAAGUUGCAGAUAAUCGACUUCAGUUUUAUUUUAUGCAACAGAGCAUGUAGAUCAGUCUAGCUCUGUCAAUCACUAUCACUUAGCAAUUUUAUUUUAAUCCACCGGUACGUUAACGAAAGGCGUGACUGCAGCUCUCGGUGUAACUCUGUUGAUUAAGGCACAGCGAACCCGAGCUCAUCUGGGACAUGCCUGCGGGCCUGCACAGAAACUACUGAUCUCCGCUCUUCUCUGCGGCAAUGGACGGAGGACGCUAUAAGAAACGGAAACCUGCUUCAGAGAAGUAAACUAAGUUGUUUGUAUUUUUCUAAGAAAUGCCACUGAAAACCAGAACAUGAGUAUUAUUUUUACAAAAGCCGGACCUCCUCAGCCGCCCAGUAUAUACCUACUGAUUUAGCUCUUGUGCAGAGCGUGUGCACCAACCCGGGAGUGGAUAUUUGAAAAGAUUGGUACAAAUUUGAAACUGCAACAGGAUAUCUAACCACUGCGAUCACGCUAGGCUACAGUAUGUGCCAUGAAGACCUUUUUUUAAAACAAAACUUUCCUUGAGUGGAUACUAAAGCGAAACGCGAGGCUGAAUCACUGUGAAUAUAAUCUCUUCCAUGCGCCUCUUGCCUCCAGAAAGCUGGACGUUCCUGUUAAUUCUUGCGAUAGUAAAUGCAAUGGGCUGUAUCCAGAGUAUCAGGUGUAAGCCCAAAAGUUUCCGAGAGAGCAUCGCCGUUCUUGAAGUAAACUCCACCAUAGACCCAAAUCCCACCAGCAUCGACGAGUCCUCUGGAGUGGUUCUGCGGUACAGAACCCCGCACUUCCGAGCUUCGGCCCGGGUAUUGGUGCCGCCCAUCGCUGCUAAGGAGACCUGGACCGUGGGCUGGAUCCAAGCGUGCAACCACAUGGAGUUUUACAAUAAAUACGGGAGUACAGGAAUGUCUAGCUGGGAGCUCCCUGAUUUAAGGGAUGGUAAAAUGCAAGCAAUAAGUGACUCUGAUGGGGUGAACUACCCCUGGUACGGCAAUACGACGGAGACCUGCACCAUCGUCGGCCCCACCAAGAAGGACACGAAGUUCACGGUCAGAAUGAACGACAACUUCUACCCCAGCGUGACCUGGGGUGUGCCUGUGAGCGACAGCAACCUGCCCCAGCUGACCAGCAUCCGCAGGGACCAGAGCUUCAUCACCUGGCUGGUGGCCAUCAACCAGGCCAGCGGGGAGACCGUCGUUCUGCAGACCAUCAAGUGGAGGAUGCAGCUGCACAUCGAGAUCGACCCCGGCAAGCCCCUGGGCCAGCGUGCCAAACUGCUGGAGCCCACCGCCCAGGAGCAGCCCCAGGUCCUGGCCAGGAACGAGCCCAUCCCGCCCAACGCCAUGGUGAAGCCCAAUGCCAACGACGCGCAGGUCCUGAUGUGGAGGCCAAAAACCGGGGAGCCUGUGGUUGUUAUACCUCCGAAAUACUGACCCGCCUGGCACGGGGGGGCGGCUUUUCUUCCUUCAUCUUUUUUUACAUCAAAAACAAUGAGUAAGAGAUAUAACAAGACACCCCCAAGUGGCAAAGCUAUGGAUGUCUCCUGGACUAAACAAGUGCAACCAUUCUACCUUUAAACUGGGUCGGGUAUCACUGUGCUAAAUGAAAUCAUUGCAAAAACAGCUAGAAGUUUUUUUUUUUGCUUGGCAUUUUUUGAACAUUAUACGAGAAUACAUAUGUGUAUAUACAAAUAUACACAUAUACUCACAUGCACAUACCUUUUUUAAACUUUUUUUCCGGGAUAGGAAGGGUGGGGGGGGAUUACAGAAUUUUUUCAUACAGAAAAAAAAAUGUAUAUUUGCUCCAAAGCUGGAGGGGGGAGGAACAAAGAGAAAAACGUUGUUUUGCGUAAAGGAACAUGCAAUACUUUUUUAAAGUGCGAGACGUCAAAUCCAUGCUGCCUUACGUUUGCAUUGCUUUUCAUUGCGGACUUUUGCCUUAAACGCUGUCUGAUGCACUGUCCAUCCCAGAGUGACUCUGGGAGGGGGUCUGGCAAGACCCUCACCCAAUCAACAUGCCCUCUCUCCUGGCGAGCCGGCAGCUACCCCCAGAAAAAACAAGUGAAUAAACAAAGUUGUUUGAAGAAAUAUUUAGGAACUUUUGGUACAGCUUGGAAAUGUCAUGUUUUCAAAAUCUGAUUAUCAGAUCAGGAAGCUCUGCACAGCUAACACAGCGACACUCCAGUCUUACAAGAGUGAAUAUUUUUGUCAUUCAGUGUUCGAGAAAACCUGGAAGAAUGUAACAAACUGUCAGAAAAAAGAACCCCUAGUUAGGCUGUCACAGUUAGAAGCUCACAGAAACCUGUGACCUGAGUAUUUACGCUAUGCAGUAAUUUUGUGGACGUACAGUACCUAAAAGAACCAGAAACUCCAAUUGUACUGUGAUAUUCUCUCCUGCCACUACAUCUGCAAACAGAUCUUUCAGAGCCAAUAAUGUCGCUGGCACUGAGUCAAUGAAAUUAUUAAUAAGCCAUCAUGACAGAAUGGUAGCCCGGAGAGUAACAUCACAUUUAAAAAUGUAGGUGUGGAGGUAUAUUCCCUAAGGACCAUUGGAGUACUACCUUGAUCUGUUUCUGAGAUUGAUCAUUUCAGAGCUGCAUACCACUGAAAGACUGGUAGACUGCUGGUAGGUCCAACAGUCUGUGAUACAAACUUGCUCAUAAAUAAAAUACAACUAGAGCACAGUUAAAAGUGCAUCUUACCACUACUGUUCAUGUUGAGUGCAUUUUGCAACAGGUCUGCUGUAGGCAAGGUGUGAAACACUGGGGGACAGACUCUAGUUACACCCCCCAGACCUCCGUUGUGCCAGUUUGCAACAGGAGGAACAGUAUUCUGUCGCCAGUUCUCUUCAGGAGAGCAAAAGUGAUGAGAGAGACGGUGUUGAUCUAAAGGAUGGCUUUAAUUUGGUGAAGUUUGUAAGCUAACAGAAUAAAACUGCCAGGUUCCUCGAAGGCACAUCACACACACUUACCUUAACAAAUGGAAAAAACGAACCUUAAAAAGAUGACUACUUCUGAAACUGUGUAAUAAGCUGUGAUUCAUGUCCUGUGAAAGAACAGGGUACAUUAAUCAAACAGAAAACAGCAACAGUACUGAGAUGGACUUAGGAUGGUCCAGAGUUAGAGCGUGGUACAUUUGAUUUAAUUAGAAACUAAACUGUGGAAGAGGCAAACCCCAGGUUGAAAAGGAGCAUCCUGCAAACCUAAAUAGAGUGGGAUCAAAUUAAUUCCUUCCCAUACUGCUGUUUCUUUUGUAAUUUCCCUUCCAUACGUCACCUCUCAGGAGGGGGCAGGGCAAAAGUGUUAUUAGAAGCCCCUCUGCAAUUCUGAAACAUUGUUAAUUACAAUACCAGCAGCUCAUUCGGCCUGUGUCUGGGUGUUUGUCACACACUCCCACCCUCAGGCUUUGCUAACAAAUGGAAGUAUAAACUUGAGAGAAUUAUACAGGAGAACAUGGAAACGUUAUUUGUCCUGCACCAGCAAUCGAGGAGCUCCAGCUCUGCACUAGAUGAAGUGUUACUCACUAGUGUUAAAAACUGGUGAGGAAAGUUUCAUAAACCAAAGCUUGCAAAAUCAUCUGAGCCUUGUCAUUUCAAAAUGCACACAAACCAGGGGGGUGCUUGUCAGUGUGGAGCUGGGGGUUGAAGUUGAGUGCAUUGCCAUUGAUAUUGCAUAUCAUUACAGAUGGUGUUGGAUUGCGUGCACAAACUCAGGCUUGUAGAGAACAGAGUGCCCCAGCAGUAAAGCCCUCAAACCAAGUUGCACUUCAAAUUAGAGAGGGAGGAGAGGUCACACGUUAAUAAUAGGCAUGUGAUCAGGCUGUGGUCACACUAGUGGGUGAGUUACAGCCAGGUCCUGCGGUACGAUAUGCUUUUUGUCUCCUCUGCCACUCCCUCCUGACUGCAGCCCAGGAUCUCAAUUAGUAAUGAAUGUGCUCAUGGCAGAGGGAUACCGUAUCUUUAAAUCAUGUGCUUCACAAUGAAUCUGCUGUCUCAUCCCUAAACUGCAAUAUACUAUAGAAUGUGGUAAAUAUUCGCUCGGGUCUGCUGGCUUCUUACUGGGUUAGAAUGGAGAAUAUGCAGCAUGACAAAACACUGAGAAAGAGGUCAGUUUGAGUCUUUGAAUGGUUGUUUGUGGUACUCAAGGCUGAAGAGAAUGAUUUCCCUAGAGAAAUUAAUUGAUAUUUUGCAGAAAUACCAACUCAAAGCAAAUAGAGAAUAUUUCUGUCAUUUUAACACCAUUACCAAAUUGUCUGGUUUGUAAAGUAAAACCUGCAUGGUGAUUCACUAGCUAAUCACUAGUGAAGUCAGCACUUGAAGUUUUCUUUUGUCCAAGUUACAAUUAAAUUAUUGUACAAUUGUUGUACAAUUAAAUUAUUGUAUUUACUAUAUGUGGUCUAUAUAUUGAUCAUAUUCAGUGUUCACACUAAAGAAGCAUUCCUACUUAGGAAGCCCCCCUUUGUAAGAACAGGUGUCCCCCCAGAUAGAGUUAUAGGGGUGUCAUUUUCCUUAAAAAAAAAAUAUUCCCUGAAAGAACCCCUUCCCCAUCUCUGGAACAAUGAUGUCAUGACACACCCUUCAUCCCGGGCCUAUGUUAACUUGAAGGCUCAAGCAAUUAAUUAAAGGCAAUUUGAGUGCUGGCCAUAUGUAGCCACUGAGUGUGCUGAUGUGGGUAUGUGGUAUAUUUGGCUCUCAAUUGGGAAUGCCCUCAAAAAAAUUCAGGGGAAUACCCUGAACAAAUUCCAGAUGAACAGCAUACUCUCCAUUGUUGCAUUCGAUUAUUAUGGAGACUGAUGAUGACCGAUCAUUAUUUUUUAAUCAGGCAGGCAGAUGCAGUUUAGGGGUGUUUAGAGCGUCAUCUUACCAUCUGAUUUUUGCUCUUCGGAAAGGAUCUGUAUUUUUACAGGUUUAAUGAUUAAGGGAAAAAAAAACUAAUGAACCUAAAUUUGAGAGCUGCUGGAUAAUUCUGUGUGUUCUUUGCUUUUCUGUCCACUGCAGAAAACCUGAUCUUUAAAGUCAGUAGGUUUUUCAAUUAGUUACUGAAAGUGCUGUCGUUCCCACUUACAAUCACAGUCAUGAAUUAAUGUAACAGGCUAGGCUCUGUGACACCUAAUUUAAAACUUUUCGUUCUUUAUGUGCUUUCAGAAAUAGUUGCUCUGUAGGUAUUAAAAUACAAAAUUGUCAAAAUCCAUCUCUUCAAAAAUUGCCUGCAGGUGCUAUUUCAAUAUACCAUUCACGGUACAAAGUACUGUUAUCCAAAACGAUAUCAUGGAAUAUUUAACAGAACAUUAGUCAUAAACUCCAUGAUGCUCCAUUUUGAGAAUUGAGACCUUAAAGAGCAAGUACUGUAUCUGGUUUCCGAACAAUCUAGUGUGACACAAGUAACAUUUAUCGCCAUAGUUGACAUCCCUCCAUUAAAUAUGGAAAUAUUUAUCUCAGUCCAUUUUGAAGAUGUGAGAUCAAGCAGUCUGUGACAUUUUGCAGACAAAAAAUCAAAAAUACAAAAUGUACUUCUCUCAUCCUGUUUCUUAUAAUAACAUUAGUUGUACAGAUAAUACUAGCUCAGAAAUACAGGAAAUAAUAAUUACCAUAUUCCAAAACCAAUGAGAAACUAAAGGGACAAUUUUAUGUUCACUGUAGAAAAACCAAUACAUUGAAGAACAUUAGAAGAAAAUAGAGUGAAAGGGAAUACUAGACUUUAUUGUAAAAAUAAUUGUCAAGAAAUUCACUUUUGAAAAAAUAGCUGCAGUCUUGUUACAUAAAACAACUGAUAUUUAUGGAGAAGUGUCAUGCUGUGGUCCUUUACAGUGUAAUGGGUACAAGGAAUUGAUUUCUAAUGAUCAGCAGUUUUAUGAGCCUCUGAAAUCUUUCAUUUACGCAAUAUUUUAAAAAUAAUCUCAUCCUUGUAGGAGAAACCAGGUCAUUAUCUUCAUUUGGAUUUCAUUGUUGAUGUUCUUUCGAAACAGUUCAGUUGGAUAGUUUUUAAUAUCUUGGGAGUGGCAGGCUUCUGAAUGUUGAAGACGGACAGUCGGUGUCCGUUUUAGCAUUACUGACAACUUGUGUCUGGUGAAGACCAGCUCCCACAGAGGGAAUCUAAUACAGAAUCUUAAAGUGAUUCAGUCUAACAGGUGCUGUGGUGUCACUUUCAGGAAUUUCAGGCCACCUGCAAUCUUUUAUUUGAAGAUUACAGAAUACUGCUGCAGUGGCCUGCCUUCUGGAGAGGUGCCACUGCUGCUGGCUUGCCUUGUUGCACAACCGUUCAGAUCCAGUACCCUGCUUCACAGCCUUCUGGUUGCUUUUAGGCUUUUAGCACCAUGUUGUGAGAACACUUGACCUUAAAGGAUUAUCAGUCUGAAUGCAGGCGCCUAAGUGUUCUAUAAAGAGUGUUGUGCAAUGGAUCUCAUUACUCACACCAGGCCACUGCUCCUUUUCGCUGCCACCCUGUGAAGCUGUGAUCCGCAGUGAUUCUAGAGAGAGCUGCAUUCUGUCCUCAAGUCCUGCCGCGUCAAGCUGUACAGUAACUCUGAAGACUGGCUUUGCGUCUAGUCACGAGAAACAAAUUUGGACACUUACAGGAAACAUGAUUGAUAAGAAUUCUGUGAAACUGUUGUGAGGUACGAGAUUUUUUCAUUGCACGGUUCCGAGAAAGAUGCUGAUUUUCUUUUUUUUAUUUGACAGAGUGUCCCUCUCUCUUUUCAUUAUUCUUGACAUGACAAACUCAAGAGCUGUCCAUGAUGUAUCUCAGCCACCUUGUGGUGGUAGUUUGCUUGCUAUAAUUCUUUGCUGACCAUUGUAAGAGUUACUUGUGAAAGACGUUUUUUAUUUCUUAAAAUGUCCUCAUGGUGUUGUAACCAGGCACUGCACUGGUGUUAUAACAGAGAACACUGAAAUUGAAUAUGCAGGCCCAUUGGAAAGAAAAGGGUUAAUAGAAGUGGGAUAGUUCUUAGGUUUCAGACGAUUCCUCUGCUAAUUUAUAUUGCAGCAAAAAAAUACUGAUCAUUUACAUAUAUACUUGACAAUGGGACAUCACUGGAAAAUAUUGGAAACUGUGUAAAAUGCACAAUGUUAAACAUAAACUUAAGAACAAACCUGAGAAAAAGAAAUAGAGAAAUGUUGUUUUUGAUGAAUAAAGAAAAUGUGCGAAAGCA